UAAUUUUAAUUGUUUUUUUAAUUGGACUGCCUGUUUAUUACCAAUCGUCGACUUGAUUAAGAAAUGCAGAACGUUUCCGAUAUGUUCAAGCAUUUCGUAGACAUUAAUAUUACGCGAAAAAUGCAGAAAGUAUCGAGAAAAUCGAGCGCGUCUUUUUCAAUUUUACACGAAAAUAUUUCUAUAUUAGAAAAUGUUAAAACAUUUUGAAGAAUAUUAUGGUGAUUAUCACGUGCAUUUGAUGUGUUUCAACGGUAAACGGGCAACGCUUUGUUCACGUAAAGUAAUUGUCCGGUGUUGUGUGUGCGUGCGUGCGCGCGUGCGAGCGUAUGUGUAUGCAUGUGUUUUACAGAAAUAUUUCUAUAUGUACCACUUCAGAAAAUUACAAUAUUUUAACAAUAUUACAUGCCGCAUGGUAACGUUUAAUAACCGUCUUUUCAGUAUAUCAUUUGUCGCUGGGAUAUAUUUUAGUUAUAAAGACUAGUCUUCAUAGUGCAUGUAAUGCGGUGUAUACAGUGAGUUUUCAAGACUUGUUGGUUGGACUUGACAAGAUUUAAGAAAUUGGCCAAUUACAGUCGAGUAUUCUCCUCACAUUUGACUAUGAUUGAUUAAUCUCUUAAAUCUUACGUCUUGAAGUCUCAUUGUAGACGCCGCAUAAGGCAUGCUAUGGAUUGUCACUGGCAGUGAGUUUUGGAACACAACCAGUGCCGUUAUGGUUACCAUGGAAAUUAAAGUAUAAACAAAAUGUAUCUAUAGCAGUUGUAACAUAACCCACAUAAUUUCUGUUGCAACGAACGUUUCUACCAGACAAACAAAAUUCAUUAUACCAAAACUUGUGAUAAAAUUGCUUAUUAUUAAUAAUAUUUACUUUGUACUUGCAUGUUUAAAUUAAAUUAACUUAAAUUUAUUGUUAAUUUAUUGCAAGAACCAAGUGUUGCAUUUUUCUUGCUUCUGUUAGAAAUAUUACAUAUAAUAUUAUAUAUAAUAAGGAUUUUAUAAAUAACUACAUACACAUACAUAUACAUAUAUAAUUCAUCAAAAAUAAAAUUCAACAUGAGAUUCAAGAUAUCUGAACAAGAAAAUAAUGGACAUAAAAGACUACUGACUUGUGUUGCAUGGAGUUCAACAGAAGAAAUUUAUUCUUGUGGGGAAGAUCAUUUAUUAAUAUGCUGGCAUUUAGAAGGCGGUGUUGCACAUUCUACUGUUGUAAUAGAAUUUCCGAAUGAUUUUUAUCCAACCGAUAUGCAGUGGCAUCCUCGCCCCAAUAUUGUUUCUUCUGCCAAGACAAACACAUCUUCUUUAGAUGUUGUAUUAAUUACUACAGCGGAUGGAAAAUACCAUUUGGUUAAUAAAAGUGGUCGCAUCGAAAAAAGUAUUGAGGCCCACAAAGGUGCGACUACAAUAGGUAGAUGGAGUACUGAUGGUUCUGCAUUAUUGACAGCUGGUGAGGAUGGAUUAAUCAAGAUCUGGUCUCGUAGUGGUAUGCUUCGAUCUACGUUAAUAAAAGCAAACCUUCCUAUAUUAACAUCAAGCUGGAGUCCUGAUUGUUCGACAAUAUUGUAUUCCCAGGGUAGAAAUUUGCUUCUUCAGUCAUUUAAUUCUACUUCUAAACCGUACAAGUGGCAAGCACAUGAUAAUCUCAUUUUGGUCGCUUGCUGGAAUUCAGUAAAUGGACUUAUAGUUUCUGGUGGUGAAGACUGUAAGUAUAAGGUAUGGGAUACUAUGGGUCAUCAACUAUAUAGCAGUAAUGUCGGAGAUCAUCCUGUGACGGCAAUUAGCUGGUGUUCUUCUGGCAAUUAUUUUGCUGUUGGGUCUUUCAAUACAAUCAAGCUUUGUGAUAAAAAUGGGGUAAGAUUACUUUUAUAUUACACAUAUACAUACAUAUGUAUAGAUAAGAGUGAAAGCACCUUACUAUUUAUAUCUAAUUGUGUAGAAGACCGAGAAAUUUAUUUUUAUGUAUUGUUUAUGUUCUCUUUGAAGUUUAUUGAACAAUGUACUAAUACUAACGUUUUAAUAACAAUUAAUAUUUAACUCGGUCCUUUUUCAGAUAUAAAUCUAAUUGAAACUUAAACGCCUUUUUUUAUAGGAUCUUGGUAAGGUGGUCCUAUAAAAAAAGGCAUUUAAAUUUUUAUUUGAUUUUUAUCUGAAAAAGGACCGAGUUAAAUAUUAAUUGUUAUUUAUACACAUGCGGCCGAGAGAGCGUUUCAAAGUAAUAUACAUGUUAUUGCGAA